AUGUAUCAAAAUUUAUACAAGUCCCUUUGUGUAUUCAGCGCUAUUAUGGGGCUGUGUAUAAAAAGUGUGGACUCACACGAAACCGUCGACUGCGGGCCCUGUCAGGAGCUUAACGAUUGGUGCAAAGUAGGGCCCAAUACCCCCUAUGGAUACGCUUGUGAAAGUCAUGUAGAAAACGAUCAUGGUAUUGUUAAGAACGACAAAGGCGGCGUCGCGGACAAACUUCUAGCCCAAUGUGUACCAGAAGAGGUUAAAGUUGUAAACAUCAAUACAACUUGCUGCACAUGGUCCCCAAAAAUUGGCUGUCACAUGAUCAAAUCGAGGAAGACUGUCUACCCAUACGAUAAAUGGGUAGACAUUUGCUGGCAAUGCGCAGAAACCUGUCCGUGCACAAACGAGGAUCCGAGGAAUUCUCUGGCACAUAUGAAUAACGCAUUAAUCGGAGGGUUACUUUCGAUCGUAUCGGUAUUACAUAUCUGGCAUACCUGCUGGCAAUCUGUUUAGCACACGGACACAAAACAGUUCAGUUCUGGAAAGCACGGAAAGCUAUUGAAAUCUGUAGCGUUUUAAAGUACAGGACAUGCGUAGCAUUGGGGCAUAUAAAUGAUAUUAAUAUAGUCGGCAUAGUCUUUCACAAAAAUGUAUCGUAAAUACUUAAAAAGGUUUUAUUAAAAUUUGAAUAGUUAAA